AUGAGUACGCGUGACUUAUUAAUACUCAAGGGGAUGCGUGUCAGCGGAUUUCUUGUGUUCAUUGCUUGUAUCAUCGCUUGGGCGUUCGCAUCACCGGUAAGCGAUACGGAAGCAGCAUACAGGAUAUUGAAUAAAUAUCUUCAACGAUUUGGCGGUGACGAUCUGCAAGAUGUCUAUUUAGUUGGAGAUCAUGGAAUAGUAGUUGAGCAUGAGCAUCUGAUGAGCGGAUUCUUGAUGAGCCUUUAA